AUGAACCGUCUUUUUGGAGCAAAGAGCACGGCGCCCAAGCCAACGCUCAACAGCGCCAUCUCCAACGUCGACACACGGAUAGAGAGUCUCGAUGUGAAGCUUGCUAAGCUCAACGCUGAACUGUCGGCCUACCAGCAGAAGCUUGCAAAGAUGCGCGACGGCCCCGGCAAGACGGCCAUCAAGCAAAAGGCGCUGAAGGUGCUCCAGCAGCGCAAGAUGUACGAGUCACAGCGCGACCAGCUACAGUCACAGUCGUGGAACAUGGAGCAAGCCGGGAUGAUGCAGGAUAAUCUCAAGAACACGAUGACGACCAUCGACGCUAUGAAGACGACGACGAAGGAGCUCCGGAAGCAGUAUGGCAAGGUCAACAUCGACAAGAUCGAGAAGCUGCAGGACGAGAUGGCUGAUCUUAUGGACAUGGGAAACGACAUUCAAGACGCCAUCAGCCGCAGCUACGACGUGCCUGAGGAUGUGGACGAGUCGGAGCUGGACGCAGAACUGGAAGCACUCGGCGACGAGGUCGACUUUGAGGGCAUUGGCGAGUCGUCGAGCGUGCCUGGGUUCCUGACUGAGGAUACCGCACCGCCGACGUUCAUCGACGAGGCACCAGAGUCGAAGGUCAAGGAGGCUGCGGGAUGA